GUGUAAGUUAGGCUGUGCUCUGGAGCGUAGGACUUUCACUUUCAGUGCCGUGCAUAACCAGCAGGCAGCUGCUCCUUACUGGGAUCCUGAUGUUCAGCUAGUGAGCGGAUACACACGGGAAGGAUGGCUGUGUUCCCUUCCACCUCAGGCACAGGAAGAUUUUCUGCUUGGACUCACAGAAAGCUGUGAGGAAGACUUUUGAGAGAUCCCACACCAGGAAGCAAGGACCCUUCGCCCUCAUGGCUGCCAGAGUCUUGAGGAAACAAUUCAUUCAGGAUGUCACUGAGUAUCUACAGGACACGGUCAGCAAAAACGACCUGCAGCUCCUGUUGACCAAAGAUGAAGCCUGGAAAGUGUUCGUGGCAGAGGCUGAAUUGUCCAGAGAUGAGGAAGCUUCACUGCAUGAGGCUCUGAAGCUGCUCCUGAAACUCCCCACCUGGGAGGACAAAGUCAGACUUCAAAAGGAACUGCAGGACAGGAAGAAGUUUGUGGAAGCUUUUCCUCAGUUGAAAAGGAAGCUGCAGGAAAACAUCAGGAAGCUCCGAGCUCUGGCCGACCAUCUUGACCAGGUGCACAAGGGCUGCACCAUCUCCAAUGUGGUAACCAACUCCACCAGCGCUGCCUCAGGUGUCCUGAGCAUCCUGGGUCUGGCUCUGGCACCCGUGACAGCAGGGGGUAGUCUACUGCUCUCUGCAACUGGCCUGGGGCUGGGGACAGUAGCCACUGUGACCGGAGCUGCCACUGAGAUUGUGGAGCAAACAAACAAGUGGUUGGAUGAGGCUGAGGCCAGGUGCCUGUUGUCAGACACCAUGGACACUCUAAACACAGCUCUUGUCCUGGGUCAGAAAGCACUCAAACUUAGUAAAAAAGCCUAUGAUGUCAUCAAGCAAUUGAAAAGCUUGGGACAGCACAUUCGUGCUAUUAGGGUAGCCAGAGCCAACCCUCGCUUACUUGCAGAUGCCAAGCGCCUCAUGACUUCUGGAAGACUCUCUGCCCCACGUGCUAGUCAGGUGCAGAACGCCUUUGAAGGCACUGCUCUAGCAAUGACCAAAAAGGCCAGAAUCAAGGGUGUAGCCACUGCAGGUGUCUUCCUUGCCAUGGAUGUGUAUUUCCUUGUGAGGGACUCAAUGGAUUUAUGUGAUGGGGCAAAAUCAGAGUCAGGCAAUAAACUGCGGGCCCUGGCUCAGGAGCUGGAGGAGAAGUUGAAAGAGGUUGUCCAGAUCUAUGAGAGCCUCCUGGUGCCUUACUGACGGCCGCCCCAAAGAACACGGAGGUCGGUGGAGAUGAUCUGGACAGAUAGGAGGCGCUGAGGCAUUUGUUAGAGGGGGAAUGAGAUGAUCAGCUUUCACUGUCUUCUUCUUCUUUUUUUUUUUUUGGUUCUUUUUUUUUUCGGAGCUGGGAACCGAACCCAGGGCCUUGUGCUUCCUAGGCAAGCGCUCUACCACUGAGCUAAAUCCCCAACCCCUUUCACUGUCUUCUUGACACAAUCUAGAAUCGUGUGGGGAGAGAGUCUCAGUGUGCGAUCCUCUAGCUCAACGUCCUGUGUCCUGCCUGAGAGAGACUUUUCUAAGUGACUCUAAUUAAUGUGUGUGUCAAUUCCUCCACCGUGGGUGGCAGUGUUCUCUAGAUAUGGAUUCUGAACUGUACAAUAAAAAGCAGACUGAACACCA